GAGGUUAUGUUGAAAACUCGCUAAAGAGGACAACAUGCCUCCUAAUUGCUAAUGUAAAUAAAAUAUUCGUCGACGUUAGAAAUGCUUAACAUGUCAUGACAAUAAUCAGAGAUUUUUGGUGCGCGCAAGUGUGUAUAAAAUCGUGAAUUGUGAGAAAAGUGUGAAUGAUUUUUAUUGAUUAAACUAGUAAAUUAUUGCGAGCCGGUUGCUCCUAACCUCAAAAAAUGGUCAAGGAACAGUACAGAGAAACUGACGUUGCACGAAAAAUCUCUCAUGUUUCGUUUGGCGUUGACAGUCGUCACAACAUGGAGCGACAGGCUCAUAUCCAUGUUGUGGCAAAAAAUUUAUAUAGUCAGGAUAGUCAGCAUACACCGGUCCAGUUUGGUGUUCUUGACAAACGCAUGGGAACCUGUUCCAAUGCAAGUCCUUGUGGGACAUGUGGGAAAUCUCUGAGCGAGUGCAUUGGUCAUUACGGUUACAUAGACCUAGAGUUACCAGUUUUUCAUGUUGGAUAUUUCCGGUCAGUGAUUGGAAUUUUGCAAACAAUUUGCAAGAAAUGUUCACAUGUAAUGCUUCCACCGAUCGAGAAAAAAGCCUUCCUAACUCGUGUACUGAAUCCGAACUUGGGAUAUUUGAGUAGAAAAGCGCUGAGAAAGCGAAUUCUUGAAAAAGCCAAAAAGACAACAACCUGUCAAAACUGCCGUGAGAUCAAUGGGACUGUGAAAAAAGCUGGCUUACUCAAAAUCGUACAUGAAAAAUACAAAGCCAAGAAAAAAACUGAUCCUAUUGUACUAGAAAAAUUAGCAGAGUACAAUAAUGUUAUGGAAGAGAACAAAGAAUUGGAUAGUAUUUUGCAAAGUGGAUUGAUCCAUGUUCUUAAUCCACUUGAGGUUCAAGGAAUUUUGGAACGUAUUCCAACUCCGGACAUUCCACUUUUGCUGAUGAAUCCCAAUUGUGCUUUGCCGAAAGAUCUGAUUUUAACGAGAAUUCCUGUACCGCCAAUUUGCAUCAGGCCAAGCGUAAUUUCGGAUUUGAAAGCAGGCACUAACGAGGACAAUCUAACGAUGAAACUUUCGGAAAUUGUUUUCAUAAACGAUGUUAUUCAAAAGCAUAGACAAAGCGGGGCAAAAGUACAAAUGUACAACGAGGAUUGGGAAUUUUUGCAGUUGCAUUGCGCUCUCUACAUAAACAGCGAAAUGUCCGGUAUUCCGCCAAAUAUGCAACCCAAAAAGUCGGGUCGCGGUUUGGUGCAACGUUUGAAGGGUAAACAAGGUCGUUUUCGUGGUAAUUUGUCAGGAAAGCGUGUAGAUUUUUCCAGUAGAACAGUUAUAUCGCCGGAUCCAAAUCUAAGAAUCGAACAAGUGGGAGUGCCGAUCCACGUAGCAAAAAUUCUCACUUAUCCGGAACGAGUUAAUCCAUCAAACAUAGAAUUGAUGAGAAGUCUGAUUCGAAACGGGCCGGAAGUUCAUCCGGGAGCGAAUUUCGUCCAGCAGGGAAAAACACAAUUUAAGAAGUUUUUGCGUUACGGAAAUCGACAGAAAAUUGCUCAAGAUUUGCAGUACGGGGACGUAGUCGAACGUCACUUGAGAGAUGACGACGUGGUCCUGUUUAAUCGUCAGCCGUCUCUUCACAAAUUAAGUAUCAUGGCGCACAAAGCAAAAGUUCUCGAGCAUCGAACAUUUCGUUUCAAUGAGUGCGUUUGUACACCAUAUAAUGCCGAUUUCGACGGUGACGAGAUGAACUUGCAUCUACCACAAACGGAAGAAGCUCGUGCCGAGGCGUUGGUUCUCAUGGGGAACAAAUCGAAUUUGGUAACGCCGAGAAAUGGCGAGCUUUUGAUCGCUGCUACUCAAGACUUUAUUACCGGUGGUUAUCUUCUAACGCAAAAGGAUACGUUUCUCAAUAAAUCGCAGGCAUGCCAAUUAGCCAGUUGUUUAUUGGUAGGCGCAGAUGCAGGAAUGUGCAUUGACCUGCCACCACCAGCCAUUUUGAAGCCCGCACUACUGUGGACAGGAAAACAGAUAUUCAGUUUGAUAUUGCGUCCGAAUAAUAGUUGCCACAUAAAGGCAAACUUAAAAACUAAAGGAAAGGCAUAUUCACGCGACGAAGAGUUAUGUUUCAACGACUCUUUUGUGGUUAUACGAAACUCUGAGUUGAUUGCUGGUUCGAUGGAUAAAUCGACGUUGGGCUCAGGCUCGAAACAAAAUAUUUUUUACGUGCUGCUCCGAGAUUGGGGCGAGGAUGCGUCUACAACAGCCAUGUGGCGUUUAGCAAGAAUAGCGAGCUACUUCCUGAUGAAUCGCGGAUUUUCCAUCGGAAUCGGUGACGUAACACCUGGUCAGGGACUUUUACGUGCCAAGCACGAACUCCUCGAUGCUGGAUACACGAAAUGUAAGGAAUACAUAAGACAACAAGAGGAAGGACGAUUGGUCCUCCAACCGGGAUGUUCAGAAGAGGAAACCCUAGAAACUAUGAUACUUAAAGAGUUGUCGGUAAUUCGUGACCACGCCGGUAAAGCUUGCCUCAAAGAACUUCAUCCUAGCAACAGUCCUCUCGUAAUGGCCCUUUCCGGAAGCAAAGGAAGUUUUAUCAAUAUAUCGCAGAUGAUUGCUUGCGUGGGUCAACAAGCCAUAAGCGGUCAUCGUGUGCCUAAUGGUUUUGAGGAUCGCGCGUUACCGCAUUUCGAUCGACACUCGAAAAUCCCGGCAGCUAAGGGUUUCGUUGAGAAUUCCUUUUAUUCGGGGCUCACGCCAACCGAAUUUUUUUUCCAUACCAUGGGUGGUCGCGAGGGUUUAGUUGACACAGCGGUCAAAACGGCGGAGACUGGUUACAUGCAGCGACGAUUAGUUAAAAGUUUGGAGGAUUUGUGUUUGCAUUAUGAUAUGACAGUGAGGAAUUCGGUGGGUGAUAUUGUGCAAAUUUUGUAUGGUGGUGAUGCCUUGGAUCCGACUUACAUGGAAGGCAAAGAUUGUCCCGUCGAUUAUAAACGAGUUUUGGAUCACGUGCGCGCAAAAUCUCCUUACAAAGAGGAAGAACCGUUGGAUGGCCAGGACGUUGUGAAAGCGACAACGGAAUUGUUGAACGGUGAUGAAUAUUCAUGUCUGAGCGACGAAUUCAAACAAGAAUUAGCGACAUUUUUGAAAACAAUAUCCCGGAAAAUAACGCGGUUGCGACAGAACAUUUCGACAAAAUCGCGGGUAGGAAUGCAACUGGAGCGUUUAACGGUGUCACAAUUAGUGGAAUUUAUUCACACCUGCAAGGAAAAAUACAUGAGAGCUAAAAUAGAGCCGGGGACAGCGGUCGGUGCAUUAGCAGCUCAAAGUAUCGGUGAACCUGGUACGCAGAUGACUCUGAAAACCUUUCAUUUUGCUGGUGUCGCCUCGAUGAAUAUCACUCAAGGUGUACCGAGAAUUAAAGAAAUUAUAAACGCCAAUCCGAAAAUAAGUACUCCCAUCAUCACCGCAGCACUGGAGAAUGAUACGGACGCUGAAUUCGCUCGUCGGGUAAAGGGACGAAUAGAAAAAACGACGUUGGGCGAAGUUACGGAAUAUAUCGAGGAAGUUUAUUUGCCGGACGACUGUUUCCUGCUCAUAAAACUCGAUGUGGAUAGGAUAAACUUGCUGAAACUUGAAGUAGAUGCUAAUUCGAUUCGAUAUUCCAUAUGCACGUCUAAAUUGAAGCUGAAUCCAAAACUUGUGACUGUACGAGGAGACUCGAUAAUUACGGUGAAUCCGAGUAAACUUAAACACAGUUUAAAUUAUGCGCUGACGCAACUGAAGGAAUUGGUGCCAAACGUUGUUAUAAAGGGUUUACCGACAGUUGCUCGUGCCGUUAUACACAACGAUGACACAAGUGGAAGUACGCGAUAUAAAGUUUUCGUCGAGGGUGAUAACAUGCGUGAAGUCAUGGCGACCCCCGGAGUCCUCGGUUGCAAAACUACCUCGAACAACACCAUCGAGGUUUUCAAAACAUUAGGAAUUGAAGCGGCGCGGUCGACAAUUAUGACAGAGAUCAAGUUAGUAAUGGAGAAUCACGGAAUGAGCAUAGAUCGAAGGCAUCCGAUGUUGGUGGCUGAUCUGAUGACGAGCAGGGGCGAAGUCCUCGGCAUAACACGUCAAGGGCUUGCAAAAAUGAAGGAAUCUGUGCUUAACCUCGCUUCGUUUGAAAAAACAGCCGAUCAUCUUUUUGACGCGGCUUACUACGGACAAAGGGAUGCGAUAUGUGGAGUAUCUGAGUCCAUAAUUAUGGGCAUCCCGGUACCUGUUGGAACUGGGAUUUUCAAGCUUCUUCACAAAUCCGACAAGGACAAACCUCAAGAACGACGACUGAUUUUCGAUGAUCCACAAUUUCACAAAACACCACCAAGCACAAGAAGCUAAAAAUGAUACAGGCAGCUGUUGGUGAAACGUUGGACAUGGUUGCUAUAUCACUUUUGGUUGUUAUUCGUUAUAAAAUGAAGAACAGAGUAUUGUGUUUGGAGAUGUUGUUACAGGCUGAAUAAUUUCCGUUUAUGCAGCUUCUUUUAUGCAACUUCCAUGUUUCCUCAACUUUGAAUAUAAUUUUUGGCAGAGAAUAUAUAUGGCUAUUAUUUUGUUAAAUCAAUUUUUUAUUUGCCAUCGUUAUACGAUUCAUAUACGUUUUACAGUUUUUAAAUUGUGAAAUAAAACAUGGUUAUACGAGCGAAGUGAAUAAAUGGAACGUUAAACAUGA